CAUGCAUUUAUGAUAGAUCAAGAUGGGCUCAUAGUUUGCAAACUUUACUUUAUGAUGGUCCCAGGCUGUACUAGUCCAAAUAGUUAUGACAUCUUGAAAGGAUUAUUUUUAAUAGUUUGUGCUUGCCUGUGUUGAAGCAAAAGAAAUCAAAAAUAGCUUUCAAAGACAUCAUAAAUUAAUUAUUUGGACUGAGGCUGUUCAUGAUGGGAUUUAAUAUUGUAACUAUUUUUAGAAACUGGGAUUUUGCAGGUUUUUUCUGCGUAACAACUAACGUAUAAAACUUGUGAAAUGACAUUGAAAGAAAAUUAAAGACUUGGUGGGUGUAUAGUGGAUAAGGUAGCUCAAAACCUAGCUUUCAAUUCAUAGAAAAUGGCCAUGGAAGAUAUAAAACAUGACAAACUGGUAGUUGCUGCCAUAGAUUUUGGGACAACCUAUUCUGGGUUUGCCUAUUGUACCAGACAUGACUAUGAGGACUAUCUCAAAAAUAAAAAGGAUCAUCCCAAAAUUCAGUGUCCGACAUGGAAGGCUGGUGGAUGGAUGAACUACAAAGCCCCAACAUGUGUUUUGUUUAAACCAAAUCGGUCAUUUCACAGCUUUGGAUAUGAUGCUCAAUCCUAUUAUCAAGAAAAUCCAGACAAAGUUGAUUUUACUCAUUGGUAUUAUUUUGAACACUUUAAGAUGAUGUUGUACAAAGAGAAGGACGAAUUAACCAAAGAUACAUGGCUAAAGGAAUCAAUUGAUGUGAACGAUGGUAAAGACAAGAAGAUGAAAGCAGUUGAUGUGUUUGCAGCUGUUAUUGGUUAUUUCCAGGGAUUAAUUAUGAAUGAAUUACUAAAGGGUCAUGGAGCCAAGGCUUUCUCAAAUGAUGACAUUCACUGGGUGCUUACUGUCCCAGCUAUCUGGGAUUUGAAGGCAAAACAAUUCAUGCGAGAUGCUGCUGAAAAGGUAAACAUUUCGAAUGAUCAGCUGACCUUGGCACUGGAACCUGAAGCUGCAUCUAUACAUUGCAGACGACAGCCGGUUGGCAUACAAACACAGACAGAUGGCAAAAAAGCCAUUGCCGGUAUGCAGAAAGGCGACAAAUAUGUAGUCUUUGAUCAAGGAGGCGGAACUACAGACAUUACUGUUCAUGAAGUAACAGGACCAAAUUCUGUUAAAGAGAUUCACCAAGCAUGCGGAGGACAUUGGGGUGGGAUCACAGUCAACGGAGAGUUUUAUAAAUUCUUAGUUCGAUUGUUAGGUGGAGAUGUGAUAAACGCUGUUAAAGAGAAUCACCCAGUAGAAUAUUAUGAACUUAUGCAUAAUUUUGAGCAUGCCAAAACCAAUUUUAAGGAAGACACUAACAAAGUCACUGUGAGACUUCCGCUUGUUUGGCUCACCAAAUAUGAAGAAAUUACGGAGGAUACAUUAAAAGAUGUUAUACCCCAAACAAACUUCAACAAAAAGAUCAAAAUUGUAUCAGACAAACUCAGGAUUGAUCACUCCCUCUUCCGUACUUUCUUUGAUUAUUCAAUUGUGAAUGUUACUGAUGAACUUGAAAGACUUUUCCGUAAAGAAGAACUUUCCUAUGUGCAGACAUUAUUGGCAGUUGGAGGAUUUUCCGAAUCUUCUGUUUUAAUAGAUGCUAUUAAAGAAAAACUUGGACCGGAAAUAGAUGUUAUUGUUCCAAGAGACCCUGGACUAGCUGUUCUGAAAGGAGCCGUAUUGUAUGGAUUUGAACCAGAAAUAAUUACCUCACGUGUUUCUAGAUAUACAUAUGGUGUAGCAAUGCAAAGGAACUAUAUAGAUGGCGUUGAUGAUGCAUCAAAGCGUCCUAGCCAUGGCAGACUUAUAGAUGAUAUUUUUGAUAUUCAUGUGACCAAAGGACAAGUGGUAGAAAUCGGGCAUUUUGAACCAGAGCAUACCUACUACCCUGUUGUAGACGAACAAAAAUGUGUUCAUUUUGAAUUCUUUGCAACUGAGGUAAUUGACCCAAAAUACACUACCGAAUCUGAGUGUAAAAUGAUAGGGGUAUUAAGUGUUGACCUUGCAAAAAAGCUUUCUAAAGACGGAGGACUUUCAUUGAGAAUUAAUGCUAGUGGCACUGAAAUUGUAGCAGUUGCAAACGAAAAAGCCACCAAAAAUGAAUACAGAGCUUAUUUUAGUUUAUUUUGAUACUGGUAAAGUUGUUUGCUUUUUUUUUAUAAUUCAUUGGUCAGUAUUGCAUGUGUUAAUUUUUAACCAUGUACAUUUUCUUCUUCCUGUUAUAUUUUUUUGAAGGUUACUAUAAGGGGGUAUGACCAAUUUUGCUUAAAUUUAUUUCAAUCAAGGACUAAAAUUAGAGUUUCUGAAACCUACUAAAAUGUGUAUAUGAAUAAGGGUAGAUAAUAUUCCAAUCUUUUUUAUAAUUUUACAUAAGUCUGUUAAAUCGAAAUGCAAUAAUUGUUAUACCUCUCAGUCAUUGCUGUUGAAGAUACUUUUGAUACAAUAUCACUAAUUUUACAUGUUAUUGUAGAUGAUUUGCAUUUAAAGACAUUUUUUCCAUAAUGAAUUACUUUUUUCUACCAUGCUUUUUUGCCUUUUAUCUUUUUCCCAUAUGAAGAGAUAUUUUUUGUAUCACACUGAUUAUAGUGUGAUAUAGAAAAUGUGUUAAUUUGGUUUGCCUAUCCUGCAAUGCGACAUUUCAUUUCAAUCAUGAAUUAAAAGGUCACAAUGAACUACUUUUCCUCCAUGGCAACAGAUAUUUAAGAUUUCUUCACUGGUAAAUAUUAUUUUUGUCAAAUUUGAUUCCAUUCGGGAACAUACUAAAACAUCUGAUUUAAUAUAAGUCUGGUUCCUGACAUUAUAUUAUCAAUACUGAAUGCAGACUUCAAUUUGACAUGAUGCUUGCUAGAUCGAAAAAAAAAUCUUUUUACAAUAAGAGAAAUUCGUUUAACAACUAAUGAGAAUUGGAUAUUGCUUGAUAUCAACUAUUGUUAUUUUAUUUCUAAUAUUAAUAAUGACAAACUUGCCAUAAAGACUUAAUUAUUGUUGUAUUGAAAAUAAUAACUCAAGUUUAUAUCAAGUGAUAUCCAAUACUCACUAAUUAUGAAACAUAGAGGUAUCUGAAAUAUUUAGAUUUGUUAAAAAUGUCCAUGUAAUGUUUUUAAAUAAUUCCUUAAAUAUGCCAAUCUUCCAAAUUGCUGAAGCCAUCUUUAGGCAUUUAUAUUUUGGUAACAUUUUUAUAUCGUAUAAUGCUAUGGUGUCGUCAUCGUCUGCGGCGGCGUCGUCCGAAGACACAUUUGGUUUCAAACUUUACCAGAAGGUUCAAUACCACAAAAGGAAGGUUGGGAUUGAUUUUAGGGGUUAUGGUACCAACAGUUUAGGAAUUUAGGGGCCAAAAACAAGCAUUUUUGUAGUUUCCGGACAAUAAUUUGUGUGUUAGUGUAUAGAUCUCUCAGAAAUUAUACCACAAGGUUCCAUAUCACAAAAGGAAGGCUGGGAUUGAGUUUGGGGGUAGUUACCCCAACGGCUCUGGAAUAAGGGGCAAAAAGGGGCCAAAAACAAGCAUUUUUCUAUUUUCCAGACAGUAACUUGUGUUUAAGUGUAUGGAUGGAUCUCUCUAAAAUUGUACUACAAGGUUUCAUACCACAAAGGGAAGGCUGGGAUUAAUUUGGGGUUAAUUACUCCAAACGGGAGGGGGUUCAAAAAUGUUGGGGGGAUUUUUUUUUUUCAAUUUUUUUGGGGGUUCAUAUUUUUAUUCUUCAAAAUUUUAGAAAUUUCAAAUGAUUGCACAUUAUUGCGCAAUAGCAAGAAAUCUUCAAUUGCACAGUAUUGAGCAAUAGCAAGAAAUCUUCAAUUGCACAGUAUUGCGCAUAAGCACAGUAUUGCGCAAUAGUAAGAAAUCUUCAAUUGCACAGUAAUGCGCAAUAGCACAGUACUGCACAAUAGCACACUAAUGAGCAAUAGCAAGAAAUCUUUAAUUGCUAUGUAUUGGGUAAUAGCAAGAAAUCUUCAAUUGCACAGUAUUGCACAAUAGCAAGAAAUCUUCAAUUGUGCAAUAGCAAGAAAUCUCCAAUUGCACAGUAUUGCACAAUAGCAAGAAAUGUUCAAUUGCACAAUAUUGCGCAAUAGCAUAGUAUUGCGCAACAACAAAUUAUUGCGCAAUAGCACAGUAUUGCUCAAUAGCACAGUAUUGCACAAUAGCAAGAAAUCUUCAAUUGCACAGUAUUGCACAAUAGCAAGAAAUCUUAAAUUGCACAGUAUUGCGCAAUAGCAAGAAAUCUUCAAUUGAAAAUAAAUACAGAUCUUUUAACCAAUUUCAAUGGGAUUGAUUUAAAGUCUAUAAUUUUUGGGGGUUCUAACCUUGUAUUACUUUUUUUUGGAUAUUGGGCCCAUUUUAAAAUUGGUCUACAUUGAGGCCAAAAGGGUCCAAAAUUAAACUUUGUUUGAUUUCAUCAAAAAUUGAAUUAUUGCAGCUGUAUGAUAUGCUGAAUCUUAUUGUGCAUUUAGCAUUUUUAUUUUGGGCCCUGUUUUCAAAAUAUUCCAUACAUGUAUUUAAGUUUGAAGGGUCUAAAAUUAAACUUUGUUUGAUUUCAACUAAAAUUAAAUUUUUGGUGUUUUUUUAUAUGCUGAAUCUAACCAUGUUGUUAGAUUUUGGAUAUCAGACCAUUCUAGGUAAAUUAAAUGUCCCAUUUCAAAUUUUUAAGAUCUUUGACCACAUUUAUUUUGUGUCAGAAACCUAUAUUAUGUCAAAAUUUUGAUCACAAUCCAAAUUCAGACAGUAUCAAGCUUGAAUAUUGUGUCCAAACUUGCCCCAAAUGUUCAGGGUAAGACCUCUGCGGUCCUAUCUGGCUGCGCUCAGCGAAGUAUUUUAUUAUAAAUGUGUCAUUGUUAGAACCUCAGAGUAAACAGAUAUUUGAUUUAUUGGGAUUUUAUAUGCUAAUAUUUUAUUGUUAUGACCAUUUCUUUACUGAAAAGUGCCAAUAAUUUUUCAUUGUAACAAUAAAUAUUUUGAUAUGUUAUUCAAACCAUGAGAAAAUAUUGUUUGCAAUAAAUUCUUGUUUACUAUUUUAAAGAUUUAUUUGCAUUAUAUUUAAUAAAAAUCCCAGCUAUU